AUGGCCGAGUCGAUUCUUUGCUGCGAUAACAUGAAAGUACAUCCGACGAAGGACACGAAGAAAGAACCACCGCAAAUGAUUGUGCUCUCAACUGCCGCACUUUCCACCGACGACUCGAGUCGUUGCCGACGAAUAAAACCACCGAUGCCGAAAAUGUGUCUGGUCAUACCGAUCAAAGCAGCGGCCGUAUUUGGUGCAGCCUCUACGAGUCUUCUCUCGAUAGCGAUAUAUGUUUAUUGCCUCAUUCAUCUGAUUACAGCGACCAGCGAAUUAAAUAAACAACCAGUAAUAGUGAUACUAUCUGUUGCUCUGGUCAUAAUUCUGUUGUUCGCAAUUCUUUUCACAUGGGGACUGUUCGCUAACAGGCAUCGCUUGCUGCUUCCGUUCACCACGCUCUCAUGCUUCUUACUGUUUGCAGUUGUCGGGACAUUAAUUGCAACAAUUGUGACAAGCGGCGAUGAAUUCAGUGCUGCACUAUCGAAAGCUGAAGGCGGCAGCAAUGUAGCCGACCUCGUUAUUUUCAGAGUAAUCCUCGUCGUCACCGCGCUCGUGUUAGCCAUGGAAAUGUACGUGUAUGUUCGGAUGUUCCUCCACAUCAAAGCCGUGCGGCGAGCCUUAUCCCGAUAG